GCUAAACGUUCAGGCCUAGUAGGGCAGGGCGGGAGGUGCGGAUUCAUUGGAGAGGGAAGUUUUAAAGAGAAAGUCGCCUCCUGCAUGCAAUCAAGCUAGGUUCAGAGGCAAAGGGCCAUGGCGGAUGAGCAGCUCCAAGAAAGCCACCUCUUUGGGGGUGCCUUUUCAGCUUGCCUCCCUCCUGGAAGUCUGGAUAUCAGCGAAAUGCGUCAGGUCCCUGACAACCAGGAAGUCUUUGUUCACCCCAGCACAGAUCAGAGCAUCAUCGUAGAACUUCUGGAAUACCAAGCAGGGGUGCCGGAUGAAAACGCUGCCAGGUACCAUUUUGAAGACAUUGCGGGCAGUUCGGCCAAUUUGGAGAUUUUGAGCCAAGACCAGUUUGCGCCCUCUCUUCUGGCAUUCGAAGGCUGCAGCAGCACCUGGCAACUCACAGGCCGCCAGAAGAUCGCUAAAUUCAAUGAGGACGCCAAAAAUGAUGUGUGUGUGCAUUUGGUGUUGCUGCGCCUCCCCCAGUACGGAACGGAUCUGCUUGUCACUUUCAAUGACCCCACCUGGAUUAACCCUCUAAGUACCAGCGCUGUGCAAAAUACAGAUGUCCCCUUGGCACUGUCUCGACCGCCCUGGACAGUGGAGCAUUUCCACACUUUUGUGUGUAGCCUGCGGCUCCUGAAUCCUGGACUGUUUGGUUAACAGUUCUCUUGUCUACGUUUGCCAGAAAUCCAGCUUUGCUCCGGCGCGGCUGUUAUCCCUGAGCUGUCUGGUUUAGAGUCCUUCAAAUGAGCACGCUGGCUGUGGUAUACGGAUCUUUUUCCUUCAUCCCCAGUCGGAAAAGGGGAGAUGGACCCUGAAUGCCAAAGGAUGUUCUCCUGACAAAAAGCAAUCUUGGCUUGCUUUAGGAUUGCAUUAUACCAGUGUUUUUCAAACUUGCGGACUUUAAGAUGUGUGGAGCAGUGUUUUUCAAAGUUGGUUACUGUUAGCCUUCAAGAAUCUUUCUUCUGCUUGUCUUUCUGGCUGCCAUAGUAAGGGGGGGAGGGAGGAUAAAUUGGGCUUUGUGGGGGUGGGGGAAGAGUGGUGGAGGCUUGAGUUGGGAAAACUUGGAAAAACGUUAUG